AUGGCCUGGUACGAUCAGGAUAGCUGGCUGACCCAGGCACUGUCACCGAAGCUGUCGACGAUUGUGAUCACGUUUGCGAUCGCCCUUGUUCUGCCUAUUCUGCUGCAUUCUUUCCUGUACAGGAAGGCGGCUGCCUCGACAGGACUGCCCACGUUUUUGCUCGCAGGGCCAAGUGGAGGGGGAAAGACUGCGUUCACGACUCUGACUGAGCGCGGCACCGUCGUCACCACCCACACCUCCAUCGCCCCUCUACAGAUCGAAGCACUGCUCCCCGACCCUCACGUUCCCGCCUCCUCGCACUACCGCUCCCCCGGCGACCCAGCUUUUGAGCGCUCACGCCGCUUCAUCAUCAUCGACACGCCCGGUCACGGCAAGCUCCGUAACUACGCUACCUCCGCCCUCGCGGCUCCUAAGAAUGUCUGCGGCAUUGUCUUCGUGGUCGACGCCGCUGCCAUCGACGAGGAAGCUGGUCUGAACGAGGCUGCAGAGUAUCUGCACGAUGUACUACUCAGUCUGCAAAAGAGACACACCAACGCGAAGACAAGCAAGGGACCCAAGGACAUCCCUGUGCUGAUUGCGGCAAACAAGAUGGACCUGUUCACUGCCCUGCCGGCGAGUGCGAUCAAGAGCAAGCUGGAAAAGGCAAUCGGUGCAGUCAGGAAUAAUAGGGCGAAGGCGUUGCGGGAUGCUGGGUCUAAGCUGACUGGUGAAGACGAUGUUGAUGAGGAGAAGGAGUGGCUUGGCGAGGGCGGAGAGGGCAGCUUUGAGUUUGACCAGAUGAGACAGGUUGGUACGAAUAUUGAUGUUGUUGGUGGCAAUGUUAGCCAAGGCAAGAAUGUUGGUGAUGUUGCGGGAUGGUGGGCGUGGAUGGGCGAGCACUUGUAA